UCAUGUAUUCACUUUUAUAAUUUAAUGCUAUGACUUUUAAUGUCUGCAUUUGUUUGCUAGUAGUUUACUCAGAGACUGCUCUGCUUAUAGUGUUCAGGAGUACAUAUAUGCAAGUUAGAUAGAAAGAUAGAUGAUAGGUAGAUGGAUACACAGAUAGAUGAUAGAUAAGAGAGAGAGAGAGAGAUAGAUGAUAGAUAGAUGAUAGACGAUAGAGAUAGAUGGAUGAUAGACAGAUAGGUAGGUAGAUAGACACACAUACAUAGUUAGGAAGAAGUGAUCAUCACAAAAUUUUAAACCAACAAUUCUGUUAUCUUAAUCUAUAGGGCUACUCUUAUAUUUUUAAAAUGUCCGUGGUAAAUUCAGUUACAUUUUUUUGAGAUUAUAAUUAAAUUGAUUUGUGAUAUCGCAUGGCACAUAGAAGUUCUAAUGUUAAAUGGAAGUUGCUUCAUGUUCAGACAGAUAUUAAAUAACUUCCAAUAAUUCACAUAUAUGUCACCACCAGUAUAUUUUCUUUUUCUCCUAUGCUAUUGUGCCAUAUGGUGAUUUUUUAACUUUUUUUCCUUGAUAAAAAGUAGAGAAUUUUUUUUUUUACAAGGUAGAGUUUAUGACAUCAAUGUUUCACUAUUUGUUCAGAUUUCCUCAUAUAUCCUAGGUUUCUCCAUCAGAAAACUCCAUAUAUCUGAUAUGUUACAAAAGUCUUAGAAUGUGUCAGUUAUAAUACAAAUGCUCAAUUGGUGGAAAAAUUAUUUUAAGUAGGCUAACAAAGAAAGACAUCUAAAGAAUGGCACUUUUAGACACUUCAGUCAUAGAACAGGUGUUAUGGAAAUGUGGGGCUGGGGUCACUUACAAAGAUGGAACCAUAAUGAACCUAAUCACUGUGAAAAUGGUGACAAAGAACUUAAGUCACAGUCCAGAAGAACUUACCUAUAAAUAUCUUAAAGAUCAAAACAAUUAACAACAGCAAAAAAUCAUUCCGAGUAAUUACUGUCAACACCUAAAAAAAAGAUGAUGAUGAUGAUAGACAAAUACAUGAUAGAUAGAUAUACAGACAGACAGACAGAUAAAUGGAUGGAUCAAUGGAUGGGCGGAUGGGUGGAAGGAUGGAUAGAUAGUCAGAUAGAUAAAUUAUUCUAAACACACACAAUUUUAGAGUUAUUUUCAGGUAACGAAGACACAUUGAAGCAUUUAAUUCUCAUGUAUCCUUCAUAAGAAUCCUGCAAGAAAGUGUUGGAAUAUGAUUUUUCAGGUGGGGAUAAACAGGUUCAUAUAACUUAUGUUAUUUGCCCAAAAUACCACUUUGUAUAUCUUACAAAUGGAGGUAUAGCACAGAAUAAAACAUAUAAAGGAAUAUUUUCAUCUAUAAAGACAAAUAAUCCCCGUUGUGAUCAAUUAUAUAUCUGUCUAAAACUCAUCUACUAUCUUGAUUGUUCCUUCCUGAACCAACUACAAUCAUGAGUUUGUGUAAGAUAAAGUUUUGAAGUAAAGUGUUCAAAUAUUUUCACAUUUUUUUUAGGUAUAUGAAAAAGAAAAAAGUUUUAAGAAGAGUCUACUAAAUACCCAUGUAUCUAACACCCAAUAGUUUAACAGUUGAUCUGUUUCUGUUUCAUCUAUCAACCUAUCCAUUAAUGUAUAAUGUGUGUGUGUGUAAAAUUUGUGGGAGUUGGGUAUAUAUUCAAAUAUCCUAAUAGGUAAAGAUUGGAUUUAUAUUAUUCAUACUGUAUUUGUAUACUAAAAAUCCACCGGAUAAGACUAUGUUAAAUCUAUUGACGAUGCUUAUGUCUCUAUCCAGAAUAGGUUUCCUGAUAGACCUAGAUGGACAAACACAAUCUAACAGUGCUGAAUGAAUUCAUUCUGACGGGAGUCACAGACCGCCCAGAACUGCAGCCUCCAUUGUUUGGACUGUUCCUCAUCAUAUACAUGAUUUCAGUGGUGGGCAACUUGGGCAUAGUCAUCCUCACCAAGAUGGACUCUAGUCUACAAACACCCAUGUACUUUUUUCUCAGACACCUGGCUAUCACUGAUCUUGGUUACUCAACAGCUGUGGGGCCCAAAAUGUUGGUAAAUUUUGUUGUGCAUGAAAAUACAAUCUCCUAUUAUUUUUGUGCUAUACAGCUAUCUAUUUUUAUAUUGUUCAUGACUAGUGAACUAUUUAUUCUGUCAGCAAUGUCAUAUGACCGCUAUGUGGCCGUCUGUAACCCUCUGCUCUACACAGUCAUCAUGUCACAAAGGAUAUGUUGUGUGCUGGUGGUGAUUCCCUAUCUCUACGGCACAUUUGUUUCCCUUCUCCUCACCAUAAAGAUUUUUAAUUUAUCCUUCUGUGGCUACAAUGUCAUCAGGCAUUUCUACUGUGAUGCUCUCCCCUUGUUGUCUUUGCUCUGCUCAAACACACAUGAAAUCAAAUUGAUCAUUAUCAUCUUAGCAGUUUUUGAUUUAAUUUCAUCCUUCCUAAUAGUUCUUGUUUCUUACCUGCUCAUCCUUGCAGCCAUUUUCAAGAUGAAGUCAGCUGAGGGCAGGCACAAGGCCUUCUCCACCUGUGGAUCCCACCUGACAGUGGUGGUAGUGUUCUUUGGGACUUUAAUCUUUAUAUACAUGCAGCCCAAGUCCAGUUCCUCCUUUGACACUGAUAAAGUGGCUUCCGUAUUUUACACGCUGAUUAUCCCCAUGUUGAAUCCCUUGAUCUAUAGUUUGAGGAAUAAAGAUGUAAAGUAUGCCUUACAUAGGACUUUGGGACAAUUAUGUAAUAUAUUUACUCAAAGUUUGCUAUACCAUAUGAUUCAUAUAAAUUACAUUAUGGGCUUUAAACUGUUUUCUGUGUGCCUCCAGAGGGGAUAGCAAGCACAAAAGUACAGAUA